CAUUGGCAGAAUCUUGUUCUCUCCAUUGACCAAUCACAGCACACCGCCACAUUUAAUGUGUGUGAACGUAAUUAAUGGUGUUCUAACUGUGUGUGUCCUUGUCCUUGCAGAUUUGAGUCUGAGUCCCUCCGUCUGUCCCGUGUGUGAGCUGUUAAACCGUCUCGUCUACAACACACACACUGAACAUGAUCCAUCCGCACACACACACACACACACACACACACACACAGAUAGUGGCGAUAUAGAUCUGAUCAUGGAGUCCGCAGUGAAGAAAUCUCUGCUGGCUCCCAUAAAGACACUCAAGUUCUGCGUGACCGGAGAGAAGCAGCCGUCCGGCUGGACCACGAGCGGCUCGAAGGGUCAGAGGUCAAAGGUCAGGGCCUGCGCAGACACACAUCUGCUGCGACCCUAUCAGGCCGACCUGGAGAGAGAGAGGAAGCGCCGCGAGGCGAUGAGCGCUCAGAGGAACGCCGAGAGAGCUGCGAUGAGGCUCCAUUUCAGGAGCAAAUACCAGCUGACCAAGAAUGCCGAGGACCGGGAGCGUGUGCGUGUGGCGGGGGGGAAAGUGUGUCUCCCCCGGGAUCUGGCCAAGAUGGUUCGCCCCGACACUGAUGAUGGAGACGACAGCUUCAGUGUGAUCAGAGCCUUCCAACGCCUGCGCUCCAGCACACACACACACACACCGGCCCAUGCAGAGCCGUGCAGAGUCAUGUGACUCUCAGGAACACACACAC